AUGAAGCGGUUAUUCCGGACAUCCAAACCUAUCGUCGACCCCCUCCCGCCCCCCAUCGACUUUGCCUCCCAACAACAACAGCCACAAUCUCAGCCUACGUCGAAUGGUAUCGGACCGGGGAAGAAGUCAGCACCUUCUGCCCGGCUCGAGGGGCAUGGGCAUCCCCAGACUGAGGCUGUGGGAGGGGGCGGAGGCGGAGGCGGGAAGAGCUGGUUUGGUGGGAACUCGGCGCCGAGCGUCACACCUUUCCCGGUGGAUAUAGGGCAUGGCAGCGCGGGCGGAGGCGGAGGCGGAGGCGGACCGAUGAGGCGGCUAAGCAGGAGAGGGAAGAAGGAUCGGGAGACGGCGCCGAGCAUGCUGGAGAUGCAGCGGCAACAGCAGCAAGGGCCUCUCGGUACCAUUCAGGCGAAACACGAGUCGCUGCCCUACCCACCUCCACCGCCCCAACCGGUCCAGAGCCGUUUCUACGAACAACCCUCGGAGCUCUCAUCGCCCGAUAGCGCAUGGACCGUCCUCCCCCCAAACGUGCCCCAUGCGCAGCAACAGCGGUACGCCCAGUCGAUCAGUCCGGAGCCGUAUGGCGCUCGGAGUCAUACCCCGCCUCUACCUAUACCAUCCGCUCCCGCGAUGCAGAGCGGUACCCCAGGCGGUGAUGGCUCCGGCCGCUCCUCUCCCUCCUCGAUGCAGCUCUAUCUCCCUCCUGGCGCCCGGCCGCCUACACCCCCUGCAGCCCUUCGGCCCGCUACACCCAAUUAUCAUCCCCGGUCACCGAUGGGCCAUUCCCAGUCCAGCUUGCACUCGCAGCAACAUCCGGAAGACCUCAUUUCGGGCGGUCGGACGGGACGGGAUCGGGGCUACAGCUCCGCUUCGGGCUCGGUACGAGGCAGCGAUGUCGAGUCGAGCUUGGGCCACUCCAUCGCCGCGCCAAAGUCAUCGAACAAUCACCAGACACAGCCGAUCCGGUCUCCCCUCGCCCACUCAUACGCUAGUCCUCCAAACACCUUCCCUAUGGCUCAUCCACAUCCCUUCCAGGGUCCCGGGGGCGCCCCAGACGCAUACUCGCCGAUGGAAGAUGAGCUGCGGCAGCUCUCCCUCCCACCUCCGCCAUCCCAUCAGGUCAUGUAUGAGGAUCAGCAAGCCACGCCGGUUAUUGGGAAGGAUAAAGAGAAGAAGAAGUUCUGGGGGAUGGAUAUGGGCUGGGCGGCGGGUAAGAAGGAGAAGGAGAAGGAUAAGGAUAAGGGGCGGGAUAAGGAUCAUCUGGGGGUGAAGGAGGAGUCUGGAGGAGGGAGGAGAAGCUUCGACUGGUCCCGUGCACAAAAUCACACGGUGAACCAGACGGGAUACUCUGUGACUGCUCCACCGGGCGUCCAAGGUCCGAAUGGGGUCACGCCGAACAUGGGCUCGGCGAUGGUCAUGGAGGACGAGCAGCGGGGGAGGAUGGCAGGGAGGAUGUUCUUCCGGGAUCACGAAAGCAAGGAUCCUACUGCUGCAAAGGACGUCUCGGCCGCUAUUCAAAUGCUCUGCGCACAUCCCGAUCCGUCAUUCUCGGCAGUCUACGUCGUCUGCGAUCGCAUGAACCACUCGGACGCGACCGAGACGGUCUGCAAAGACGCGGCAAGGUCGAUCCGGAAACAGUUCAAGCACGGUAACGAAGGCGAGCGGCGGGCGGCGGCAGUGGUGUGGUUGUUGAUGAUGCGGAAUGUUCCCGCUGUUCGACCGCACGCUGCCAGCAAGAAAGUCCUCGCUUGCCUGGAACCCAUCCUUCUCGCUUCACCGCAAAAGGCGCUCGUCAAUCCAAACACCCACCGGACGAUUACGGACAUCCUCGCUGAUCUGGCGUACAACUUUGGCGGAGAGAAGGGGUGUGAGCCAUUAGUGGAUUUGUGGAAGAAGGUCAAGCUGCCACAAGAGCCGGAUAGCGGCCGGCCCCUCCCGGAUGACCACGAAAUCUUCACGCCCGAGGCUCAGUACCCUACGCAGAUACUCGAUCGACAGGGCGAGUACGAUAAUCAACAACGUCAAUCUCAGCAAAUGUACGGCGGCGGAGGCAAUGGCGGAUACCCCCCAAAUCAGCAGGAAGAUCGUCCGCCCGGUCCAGGAUACGCCAAUCUGCCUAGUCACGGCGAGGACAUGCGUCGACUCAUCGAGGAGAGCAUAGCAGGGAAGGAGGCCGCGCGGGUGCUGAGCGAGGCGUUGGUGUAUAGUCGGCCGGAAGAGUUGCUGGAACGACCGAUCGUCAGGGAGUUCUACAACAAGUGCUUCCACGCCCACGAAUCCCUCACGAACCAGAUGGACUGGGCGCAGGCGGAAGCGCGUAGCUCACGCGAACGGACCAUGAUGAACGGUCUGUCGCUCGAGCCGGCCACUCGACCCGUUUCAGAGACCAUCACGAUCGAGGAGCAAGCGCUGGCUGCGUUGUUUGAAGCGCACGCGGCGUUGUCAGAGGCGAUUCGACAGCAUGAUGAGCUGGAUAGGAUGGCGAUGGAGCAGAGGGAGAUGAGUGAGGUGCGCGAGCGGAGCAAGAAGGAUGUGAGGAUGGGUCGAGAUGAUCCGUCAAGAUAUGAGCAGCAACAACCGAUCAAGGGCUUCCUCAGUGCCGGCCAGACCGCUCAGGCAUCAUCGUCCCGCUCGCCCUCUCCCGCUGGGCGUAUCCCGGCCUCACCACGUGCACACAACCUCCCCCUUCCGCAAAGCUUCUCGACGCAUCCAUCCCGCUCAAGAACGCCCAGUCCUGAUCAGCUCGUCCCGCCGCCAAAGGUGUCGUCCUCUCCCGGCAGGCGUCCUGCUUCACCGCUCGGCGCUCGUCCUCGUCCCCUGCCUAAUCCCUUCAAAUCCACUGGGAGCAGUGCGAGUCUCAAAUCCUCUUCGGCGGGUCAUGCUGGCUGGACAACACCGGCGAACCUCGAGCCUGGCAAACAGGCGUCGGCGUCGGCCGAUGUAGAUGCCGAUGAGGAAUCGGUACCGAGCGUGCCGCUCAAGCCUAGUCGAAAAGCCUUAGGAAAACGACCCGCUGCGCCCGUUGAUCCAGACAACCACUUUGACCCGAACGACAUGUUUGCGGGCAAAAAGGAAGACUCGUCCAAAUCCUCCUCGGAAGAGAGCGUCACCGCCGACGAUGUCUUCUUCCACAAACCCAUCACGUACGCUUAUGAUGCGUAUCAAGAGAAGAUUGAGCGGGAGCUCAGCGCUGCGGCUGCGGGUGUAGGGGGUAGUGGUAGCGGCGGCGGAGGAGGAGGGAGUGGAGGUGGCGGGUCGAGGUAUGCUGCGAUACCGAGGCAAGGGGGUGGGAGUGGGGCGGGAAGUGGGGGAGGAUAUGGGGAUGGACCGGCGAGGGUGGAUACGAGGGCUUGA